CAUCACUUGUUGUGUGUAUUUUAGUCAUCGUUUUAAUUGUAAUCAAAAAUACAUUUUUAUCCCAAGAGUUGAUCCAUUGUUUGGUGCGUUUGUUAUCCACUGACGUCGACCGCAACUUCUUGUGUCCAUUCAGUGACCACUCGCGUACAGAGACUAUCACUAAAACUCAUAACCACUUCACACGUAAACCCAUUGAUUCAUUGAUCACUUACUUUGAGCUCAUGAUUAUGGGAUCAAAUGACAAUGCAUUUAACACAUCCGUUCAUAUCACUUACCAUUGAUUAUCAGUUCCCGAGGAAGACUUGAUCCGUGCGAGCGAUGCUCUCGAAGACCACGUUAGGAGUGGCCGCAGGUGUCGGCGCUUUCCUCGUCUACUGUGUAUACUUUGACCGCAAACGCCGAUCUGAUCCCGACUUCAAAGUCAAACUCCGAGAAAGCGAUAUCGAGCCGGGAAUCGAUCACUUGAGUAAUGCUGUGGCAGUCUGUGGUCAACCGCAACAACUGCUUCAAGUGCUUCAGCAGACACUACCGCCGCAAGUGUUUCACCUGUUGCUCCAGCGGUUGCCAAUUGUGAGUCAGAAAAUCAGCAAAAUGGAGAACAAAACGGGCGGUAUUGUAGAGCCCGGACACAACGUCCAGGCGCUAGAGGCUAUGGCCGAGGAGGACGUCGAGUGAGAUACCUGUCGCCCCCCGCGCGCCGACUAAUUGUUUGACUCAUUUAGGAAAUUGUCUUUUUUUGUCCCCUUUUUUACUCUCAAAAUUCAAUUUAAUUGUCAUUUCGAUUGAUUUAUACGAUAAUAAUAUUACAUAAAAUGUUUUUAACCUAUCGGUGCCAUUCAUUAACACAUCUAAUGUGAGGCUCCGGUAGUGAGAAUUAAUUGGAUAUUUUAUUAAUAGAUUUAAUGUUUAUUAAUGUUUAGUCGCCAAUGAAAUAAAUUCAUAAUUUUUUUGUCAAAACAUACA